AUGCACUAUGGUUUGAUCGUGUUAUGGAUUUCAACUGUCUCGCAAUGUUCAUUCUUCCAAUUCUCACAUUAUAUGCCCCCAUUUAAUGAAAGUUAUCGAAUCUAUCGGUUAUGUACGGAUCAAAAUGAUAAAAUCUUUCUGGGCAAUAUUCAAAACAGUGAUCUGAGUUUCUACCUUGAAAAAUACAUUCUUUGUUGGCCCGACUACGAGCGAUUUGUCCCUACAAAACACCACGCUAUUGUCUGGUUUCUCAGAGCUUUACGGGGUUGCGAAGUGAAUCAAAUUCUAAGUCAUCACAGUAGACCAAAAGCGGAAUUCGCUCGAACAUUCCAUUAUGAUUUUCUCAAAUACUCAUAUGCUUUGAUAUGCGAAAAAGGAGCGAUGCUACCCCAAUCUGAUCAUGCUUAUCUUUAUGCAUACUCUGGAUUAUUUAAUACCCUUUAUCAAGUUGGGAAUGCUGAUAGACAAUUGAUUUGCGACCAAAUUAGUCGGGUAUACGCAGAUCUUUACGGUCGUUGUUAUGUACCUCAUGUGGAAAAACGACAAAAGAAGAUUGAGGAGCGGUGUAAUGGAGUUUCAGCUCCCUUGCUGAAAUUUCCAGAUUUCUUCCUGCGUUUUUCUAGAAAGUGCAACACUUUCAAAGACUUCAUCACAAAUGAGAAAACCGAACAUAUCACUACAAUGGGGAUAGCACUAACUACAGAUGUCACAUACAUGAAUCUGCUAAGCUCAAAUCUUUUCUCUAACAUCCAUAGUGAUUCAGAAUUGCCAUCUUUGGUUCUAAAGACUCGCCUUCUUUUGCAACACUUCUCAUUAGCCGCAAUCAAGCUUUGGAAUCAACUUGAAGCUGUCCGAGCGUUAGUGUUUUUAUAUCAGUUUAUAUUCCUGGUCGGGAGAAAUGAUGUAAUUGCUUUCAGAUGUCGUUAUGAAACGAAAUCAAACUACUCGGAGACAUAUUCCAAUGAAACGGAUGAAGAGAGAAUGGCCAAGUUGGGCAGUUUGAUCACCCACAAUUGUUGUCCAUCGAGCAAUAUUCAUAUCUGUGAUAUAAACAAUGAAAGGAAGUAUCAGCGUUUGGCAAAAAAUGCCAGUCUAGGAUUUCGAAUCGAAGCUGGACUUCUGAUUGCUAUUUGUUUCAACACGUUCUUAUUGUGUUUUCUUCUGUGUAAAACGUACAACAAACUCUCUACUGCAACAAUCCUCUUUGUACUGAACAUCAUGGGCUCCAAUAUUGCGUUCAUGUUAUCAUUCACCUACUUUUUUGUGGAUCUGUUGUACCAAGACAAGUACGGGCCGAUCAAUGAAGAUUACAUGGAAAAGUCACCAGAGCUUGUUAUUGCUGAAACAUUACAAACCCAUCUUUUUGCUCACAGUGAAUUCAAGAAACAUCUGGUUCAAGAAACCCUAUACUCUCUUGCCCAAAAUGGUUCACUCACUGGACUCAUCCAUCUGUUGGUUUUGGUGCUGGUGGUAAUCAACAGAUCAAUGUCUGGAAAAUCGAUUCAUCUUUCGAAAAUUUCUGUGGUCUCAGUUUUCGCAUGUGUCUGGAUUUUUUUGAUUGCGUCACAUGUGAUGUUCUCCAUUAUGCAGAUGAAUGCAAUCAACAACUUGGAUGCAUUAUUUUCGAAUUUGUCUAAAGGAAGAGUUAAUUUGUCAUGUAAUGCCACCACUCUUUCGGAAUCCGGAUACGAGGAAAUCGCGACACAUUGUGACAGAACAGCAAUUUUCCAUGCAUUUGGAGCCUAUUUGUUGAGAGGUCACACAUUAUUCACAAUACUGUUUCUAUCGGCAUCCAUAAUAAUUUUUGUGAUCACUGUCACCUACCAUAUCAAAGUUCGCAGGCAACACGAUAUCAUCCAUAGCGAGUUAAGAACUCAAUCUCCUCACCAACGUCGAGAACGUCUGUUCCAUACACUCAUCCUAUCCAUAGUCACCUUCUUCUUGAGUGUAAUGGGCCAGACGUAUAUAGAAAUUGCAGUUUUCUGGGUGAACGAACGGGAAGAUAUUGCACAGUUGUCUCGAUGGUAUCAUUAUGUCAGGAUUCUUGCGUUCAUAGAUCCCGUGAUGAAUCCUCUUAUAGUCAUCCUUCGAACUCCUGCGCUCCGACGUCAACUUCGUUCGCAAUGGACGACGAUACGCUCACGUGCCUCUUCACGAACGCGUUCAGCUCACAGUCAUCGCGAGAAUCGGGAGAACACAAGUGUCAAACGAAAACGUUCAAGUAGUGCACGGAUGAGAAAAGACGCGGAAUUGAUGAUGUCGUUGAUGCCUACAGAUCGGCCGCUGAAAAAAGUUGGAGAAGCAGUUUGGCUUGAUAUUGGAUAUUGA